CUUCCCAUCUUUCUUUCUCCAGGCACUUCACACAUAAAUCACGGGUGGGAGGGCGGCUUGGUUCCCCCUGCGCCGGGAAGCUUCUGCCCCCUCCCUUGCUCACACAGGGUUUUGCAGCAGUGGUGGCAGCUGCCACUGAUUCGGGCACUGGGGAAGCAAUUGAUUCAUCUACUGCCAGCAGCCCGGAGUUGCCUACGCGGACGCGGACGACAGAAAGAAAGAGAAAUAGAGAGGAAGAGGGGUGGUGGGGAGAGGACUCAGAGCGAAAAAACCUUCAUCCAUGUGGACGGCAGGCUGAGGGAGCCACUGUCUUUGCCUUGUCCACGGACUGGUCUGAGUUUUCUCUUCUGGCAGUGGCACCUCCGCUGAGCUUUCAAACCAAGUCAUCGGGAGUUAGCAUCUUCCCACCCUGCAGGGAAGGGAGGAGUUGGCAAGAAUUUGGCUCACCCAUUCCCUCUGCAAUCCUCUGGUGUGGUGGAUGAAGUGAAAAUGUGCGUUUCCCAGGGCAGGAAGCAUCUGAGGCCAGAGAGCUUAAUCCUGCUGUCUGAAGAGACCGGCUCUGCCUGCUCGGAGCACCAACUUCUACCAUGACCGACACCGUGUUCAGCAACAGCUCUAGUCGCUGGAUGUGUCCCAGUGACCGACCCCUUCAAUCAAAUGAUAAAGAACAGCUCCAGGCAGGCUGGCCCGUCCACCCCAGCAGUCAGCCUGACAGACAGAGGAAGCAGGAAGAGCUGACAGAUGAGGAGAAGGAAAUCAUCAACAGAGUGAUCGCGCGAGCUGAGAAAAUGGAAGAGAUGGAGCAGGAGCGGAUCGGGCGCCUGGUGGACCGUCUGGAGAACAUGAGGAAGAACGUGGCAGGGGACGGGGUGAACCGCUGCAUACUGUGUGGAGAACAGCUGGGAAUGCUCGGCUCCGCCUGUGUGGUGUGUGAGGACUGUAAGAAGAACGUCUGCACUAAGUGUGGGGUGGAGACCUCCAACAACCGCCCGCAUUCCGUGUGGCUCUGCAAAAUCUGCAUCGAGCAGAGAGAGGUGUGGAAGCGUUCUGGAGCAUGGUUCUUCAAGGGAUUCCCCAAACAGGUCCUCCCACAGCCUAUGCCUAUAAGGAAGACCAAGCCCCAGCAAUCUGUCAGUGAGCCUGCUGCCCCUGAGCAGGUCACUCCCGAGCCCAAGCAUGCUGCCCGGGCUCCAACCCGAGGUGACACUGAAGACCGGAGGGGCCCAGGUCAGAAGACAGGUCCUGACCUGGCCUCUGCCCCUGGGCGAGGGACCUAUGGACCUCCUGUGCGCCGGGCCUCUGAGGCACGUAUGAGCUCAUCCGGCCGGGACUCAGAGAGCUGGGACCACGGACACGGUGGGGCCACCACCGCCGACUCCAGCCGGACCCAAGCUGGGCUGCGACGAACAAACUCAGCCCAGGCCUCCAGGCUGGCCCCCGCCUCCAUGCAGAGCCCAGCGCCUCCUCAGCCGGGGCAGCCAGGGCCUCCGGGAGGCAGCAAAGCCAGCCCCGGGCCAGCAGGACGCUUUCCAGAUCAGAGGCCAGAGGUGUCUCCCGGCGAGCCUGGCUACGCAGGGGCCACACCCCCGCCCCGGGAGGACCGAACAGGGGCCACUGGGGGCUACUCAGCCGCUGGGGGCUACUCAGCCACUGGAGCCAGGGAGGACCGAGCGGGCCACCCGCCGGGCCCCUACGCUCAAGCGGCUGCCCCUCCCCAGCCCGCCAUGGCCCCUGCCCGCCAGCCCCCGCCCCCGGAGGACGAGGAGGAAGAAGCCAACAGCUACGAUUCGGAUGAAGCAACCACCCUGGGUGCCCUGGAGUUCAGUCUUCUCUACGACCAGGACAACAGCUCCCUGCACUGCACCAUCAUAAAAGCCAAGGGACUAAAGCCCAUGGACUCCAACGGCUUGGCUGAUCCUUACGUUAAGCUGCAUCUCCUGCCGGGAGCCAGCAAGUCCAACAAGCUUCGUACAAAAACCCUGCGGAACACCCGGAACCCGGUGUGGAACGAGACGCUUGUCUAUCACGGCAUCACGGACGAGGACAUGCAGAAGAAGACACUCAGGAUCUCUGUCUGUGACGAGGACAAAUUUGGCCAUAACGAGUUUAUCGGCGAGACCAGAUUCUCACUCAAGAAGCUGAAGCCUAAGCAGAGGAAGAACUUCAAUAUCUGUCUGGAGCGGGUGAUCCCGAUGAAGCGUGCUGGGACCACCGGCUCAGCCCGAGGCAUGGCCCUUUAUGAGGAGGAGCAGGUGGAACGCAUUGGUGACAUAGAGGAACGCGGCAAGAUCCUGGUGUCCCUCAUGUACAGCACACAGCAGGGAGGCCUCAUCGUGGGCAUCAUACGCUGCGUGCACCUGGCUGCCAUGGACGCCAACGGCUACUCAGAUCCAUUUGUCAAGCUAUGGCUGAAACCGGACAUGGGAAAGAAAGCCAAACACAAGACUCAAAUAAAGAAGAAAACCUUGAAUCCUGAAUUUAAUGAGGAGUUCUUCUACGACAUCAAACAUAGCGACCUGGCGAAGAAGUCCCUGGACAUCUCGGUCUGGGACUAUGACAUCGGAAAAUCUAACGAUUACAUUGGAGGCUGCCAGUUGGGGAUCUCGGCCAAGGGAGAGCGCUUGAAACACUGGUAUGAGUGUCUGAAAAACAAGGACAAGAAGAUCGAGCGUUGGCACCAGCUACAGAACGAGAACCACGUGUCCAGCGAUUAGGACGCCCCUUCCUGCCCCGCCCCCGCCGGGUCCCCAGCUCCCCGCCCCCCCCCCCGGC